UUCCCUUGAAAGUGGAGCAUUAGCAACUGCAGUCAAAAAGCACCGUUGCUUCUUCAGCUCUGAUCCGAGCAGCAACUGUCUAAUUCUGUCUGGAGGAACUAAGAGACAGCAUUGGAGGCAAGUUUAAAAAAGGACCUAGUGACACCCUGCUGUCACAUCUGGUUUCAUGAAUCUACUUAUUAGUAGUCCAUUUAAAAUUACUUUCCCAGUCCCAUCUGUAGUGCACAUUCUUGAGAAGUGGCUGGCUGGAAAGGAGGGAGCACACUGCUGAAGGCUCCAAUCACUGUUAAGACUGGAAUGAAAAUAUUACUGACAGAUUGGACAUCAUAGUCCUCCAGACAACAUUAAUCUAUUGAUGGCUCUGAAGUGAAGACGUGAUUGAUGCAGUACCAGAAAUUGGUGACAUAGGAAGUUGGCUAUAUUUUCAGAGGAUUUUUCCAGACAUCCUGCUGGCUAUAUUAAGAAUGGACAUAGUUCUUUGCUUGGAAAAUGGGAUAUUCUCUGCUUUUGGGACACUUUGGGGACAUUGGUGAAAAUAUGUAAUUAAGGACAUUGGUAAUAGUAUAUAGAUUCUGAAGAUAAAUCAUCAUACAAGUAUUGGAUGCAAUAUUUACCUAGCAAACAGCAUUGCUGAUUGAGUGUCUCAGCCCAGACAAUGGGCCCCUGCCUCCAGGAGUGUGCGACUCAAAUAAAUCCACUGACUUUAGCAGCCCUGCUUCAUUGCCACUGAGAGCCAAAGCUGGUCUCUGAUACACAAACUUUAAUGGAGCAUAAGGCAAGGAAGAACGUACAAUGAGAAUGGCUGGACCAUUGCAGUGGCGCACUGAUUUUUAUGGAUGGUGAACAAAAAAAGGGGAUUGAGAAGAGACCACACGAGUUAUUCUGGCACAUGACUUGAGUGCUUUCUAUUCUUAGACAGAUGAGGAUCUGAAAUAUAAUUCUGAAGCCAUCACUGGAAUCACUCAGUAUUCACAGCAGUGUAAGAAGGAUCCAUAACCUGUCGUGUUUGCAGCAUGACUGGAUGUAAAACACCAUUGCCUGUCCAGAUCAAACAAGGUAGACUGAGAAUAACACAUCUCGGUUAAAACAAUAUCCUACAAGAAGCAUUUGAUGGAUUGUUCCUAGAUAUUUCUAAGAGGGCAAAUACAAAAAGUUAUUCCAAUCUGACCACCACACAGACGUCAUUUUUUUAAUGUUGAAUACUCAGAUAAGGGUGCCAUGGAUGUAAAAGAGAGGAAACCGUAUCGAUCUCUGACUCGGCGCCGCGACACUGAGCGUCGCUACACGAGCUCUUCGGCUGAGAGUGAGGACAGCAAGGUACCCCAGAAGUCCUACAGCUCCAGCGAGACCCUGAAGGCUUAUGAUCAAGAUUCCAGGUUGACCUACAGCAAUCGGGUCAAAGACAUGGUGCACCAGGAGGCCGAUGAAUUCUGCCGAGCAGGAGCCAACUUCUCUUUGCGAGAACUGGGUCUUGAAGAUGUGACACCCACACAUGGAACUUUGUACCGGACCGAUAUUGGGCUGCCUCACUGUGGCUACUCCAUCAGUGCCGGAUCGGAUGCCGACACAGAGGCAGACGUGGUCAUGUCACCCGAGCACCCAGUGAGGCUCUGGGGACGCAACACCAAGUCUGGACGCAGCUCCUGCUUGUCAAGUCGGGCCAACUCCAACCUCACCCUCACCGAUACAGAGCAUGAGAAUACUGAAACUGGUCCCCCCCUGCCCUGUUCGUCCGCCUCCUCCACCCCCCGCUCGCAGUCCCCCUCCCCUCUCCCCUCGCCGCCGGCCAAUGAGGGCCCGGGGCGGUCGCUGGGCGACGGCGCGGCCCGGGCGGCCGCGGGCUCGGACUCUGAGGAAGAGUUCGUCCCUCAGUCAUUCUUAGUUCAAAGUGGCUCUGGAAACCUCUGUGUCGCCGCCAACGAUCAUCCUCCAAAUCUUCAAAAUCAUUCAAGACUUAGAACUCCACCACCUCCAAUAUCACAUGCUCACACUCCAAAUCAACAUCAUGCAGCCUCUAUCAAUUCCCUAAACAGAGGGAACUUCACUCCACGCAGCAACCCCAGCCCAGCUCCUACGGACCACUCUCUUUCUGGAGAACAACCAGCCACUACUCAAGAGCCAGCCCAUGCUCAGGACAACUGGUUACUUAACAGUAACAUCCCACUGGAGACAAGAAACAUAGCAAAGCAGACAUUCCUAGAGACAUUGCAGGACAACCUCAUUGAGAUGGACAUUCUCACCUCCUCCCGACAUGACGGUGCUUACAAUGAUGGGCACUUCCUGUUCAAACCUGGAGGCACUUCUCCCCUUUUUUGUACAACAUCGCCGGGAUAUCCCCUGACGUCCAGCACUGUGUACUCACCUCCCCCUAGGCCCCUUCCCAGAAGUACCUUUUCUAGGCCUGCCUUUAACCUGAAGAAACCCUAUAAGUACUGUAACUGGAAAUGUGCUGCUCUGAGUGCUAUUGUCAUCUCAGUCACGCUGGUGAUCCUGCUGGCCUAUUUCAUAGCCAUGCACCUGUUUGGCCUAAACUGGCACCUGCAGCCGAUGGAAGGGCAGAUGUAUGAAAUCACGGAAGACACAGCCAGCAGUUGGCCAGUGCCAACGGACGUCUCCUUAUAUCCUUCGGGGGGCACAGGGUUAGAGUUACCUGACAGGAAAGGCAAAGGAACCAGUGAAGGAAAGCCCAGUAGUUUCUUUCCAGACGACAGUUUUAUAGACUCCGGAGAGAUUGAUGUAGGCAGACGAGCCACACAGAAGAUCCCUCCUGGUAUUUUUUGGAGAUCUCAGGUGUUCAUCGACCACCCAGUGCAUCUGAAAUUCAAUGUGUCUUUAGGAAAGGCUGCUCUGGUUGGCAUCUAUGGCAGAAAAGGACUCCCACCAUCACACACACAGUUUGACUUUGUCGAGCUCCUCGAUGGAAGGCGUCUACUGACACAGGAGGCCAGGAGCUUGGAAGGACCUCAGCGGCAACACAGAGCUUUUGUGCCCUUAUCCAGCCACGAGACGGGAUUUAUCCAGUAUUUAGAUUCAGGAAUAUGGCAUUUAGCCUUCUACAAUGAUGGCAAGGAAUCGGAAGUGGUUUCUUUUCUUACUACUGCUAUUGAAUCAGUGGAUAACUGUCCCAGUAACUGUUAUGGGAAUGGAGACUGCGUGUCUGGGACUUGCCAUUGCUUCCUUGGCUUUCUGGGCCCUGACUGCGGCAGAGCAUCCUGCCCAGUGCUGUGCAGUGGAAAUGGGCAGUACAUGAAGGGAAGGUGCUUGUGCCAUAGUGGCUGGAAGGGAGCAGAGUGCGAUGUCCCAACGAACCAGUGCAUUGAUGUCUCCUGCAAUAACCAUGGCACCUGCAUCAUGGGGACCUGUAUCUGCAACCCAGGAUACAAAGGCGAGAGCUGUGAAGAAGUGGACUGCAUGGAUCCUACCUGCUCAGGACGAGGUGUGUGCGUGCGAGGAGAAUGUCACUGCUCUGUUGGCUGGGGAGGAACAAACUGUGAGACCCCAAGAGCCACCUGUCUGGAUCAGUGCUCUGGUCAUGGGACCUUCCUCCCGGAUACUGGACUCUGCAGCUGCGAUCCCAACUGGACUGGACAUGAUUGCUCAAUAGAGAUUUGUGCAGCGGACUGCGGAGGACAUGGCAUUUGUGUUGGAGGCACCUGCCGCUGCGAGGAGGGAUGGAUGGGCACAGCCUGUGAUCAGCGAGCGUGUCACCCACGCUGCAAUGAGCACGGGACAUGCCGGGAUGGCAAGUGUGAAUGCAGCCCGGGCUGGAACGGAGAGCACUGCACUAUUGCUCACUAUCUGGAUAAGGUAGUGAAAGAGGGAUGCCCUGGCUUGUGUAACGGCAAUGGCAGAUGCACUCUGGACAUGAACGGCUGGCACUGUGUCUGCCAGCUGGGCUGGAGAGGAGCAGGCUGUGACACUUCCAUGGAGACGGCAUGCGGUGAUGGGAAAGACAACGAUGGAGAUGGCCUGGUGGAUUGCAUGGACCCAGAUUGCUGCUUACAGCCGCUGUGCCAUGUCAAUGCGCUUUGCCUGGGCUCCCCAGACCCCCUGGAUAUCAUCCAGGAGACACAAACCCCCAUCUCCCAGCAGAGCUUGCAUUCCUUCUAUGAUCGAAUCAAGUUCCUGAUUGGCAAGGACAGCACUCACGUCAUCCCAGGAGACAAUCCUUUUGAAGGCGGACAUGCAUGUGUGAUUCGAGGCCAGGUUAUGACGGCAGAUGGAACCCCUCUAGUCGGAGUGAACAUCAGCUUUGUCAACAAUCCUCACCUUGGGUACACAAUCAGCAGACAAGAUGGCAGCUUUGAUCUUGUUACCAUUGGUGGAAUCUCCAUUAUCCUGCACUUUGAACGGGCUCCCUUCAUCACCCAGGAACACACGCUGUGGCUGCCGUGGGAUCGUUUCUUUGUGAUGGAAACCAUAGUCAUGAGGCACGAAGAGAAUGAGAUCCCAAGCUGUGACCUCAGUAACUUUGCCCGGCCCAACCCUGUGGUUUCUCCGUCUCCGCUGACAGCUUUUGCAACUUCCUGCUCAGAGAAAGGUCCUAUUGUUCCUGAAAUCCAGGCUCUACAAGAGGAGAUUAACGUUUCUGGUAGUAAAAUAAAAGUGAGUUACUUGAGCAGUCGCACAGCUGGCUACAAAUCAGUCCUGCGGAUCAGCAUGACCCACCCCACCAUCCCCUUCAACCUCAUGAAAGUCCACCUCAUGGUGGCCGUCGAGGGACGCCUCUUCAGAAAGUGGUUUGCAGCAGCUCCAGACCUGUCCUAUUAUUUCAUCUGGGAUAAGACAGAUGUUUACAGCCAGAAGGUGUAUGGGCUCUCAGAAGCCUUCGUUUCAGUAGGUUAUGAGUAUGAAUCCUGUCCAGACUUGAUUCUGUGGGAGAAGAGGACAGCUGUGCUCCAGGGUUAUGAAAUUGAUGCUUCCAAACUUGGAGGAUGGUCCCUGGACAAACACCAUGCCCUCAACAUACAAAGUGGCAUCUUGCACAAAGGAAAUGGGGAAAACCAGUUCAUUUCUCAGCAGCCGCCUGUAAUUGGAAGCAUUAUGGGCAACGGCCGCAGACGUAGCAUUUCUUGUCCAAGCUGCAAUGGUCUGGCAGAUGGGAACAAACUCCUGGCUCCCGUUGCCCUAACAUGUGGGUCUGAUGGAAGCCUUUAUGUUGGAGAUUUCAACUACAUCCGAAGGAUCUUUCCCUCUGGCAAUGUCACCAACAUACUGGAGCUGAGAAAUAAAGAUUUCAGACAUAGCCACAGCCCAGCUCAUAAGUAUUACUUGACCACAGAUCCAAUCACCGGCUCCAUCUACCUCUCCGACACCAACAGCCGACGUAUCUAUAAAAUCAAGUCAACCACAUCAGUGAAAGACAUUGUGAAGAAUUCAGAGGUUUUGGCUGGAACUGGGGAUCAGUGCCUCCCAUUCGAUGAUACCCGCUGCGGAGAUGGAGGCAAAGGCACUGAUGCCACCCUUACAAAUCCCAGGGGCAUCACUGUGGACAAGUUUGGGCUGAUUUACUUUGUAGAUGGCACUAUGAUCAGGCGGAUUGAUCAGAAUGGAAUCAUCUCAACUGUGUUGGGUUCCAAUGACUUGACGUCUGCUCGGCCUCUCAGUUGUGACUCUGUUAUGGACAUUUCUCAGGUUCGUCUAGAAUGGCCCACGGAUCUGGCAGUCAAUCCCAUGGAUAAUUCACUCUACGUCCUCGACAAUAACGUUGUGCUACAGAUCUCUGAGAACCACCAAGUGCGCAUCGUGGCGGGGAGGCCCAUGCAUUGCCAGGUGCCAGGCAUGGAUCACUUUCUCCUCAGCAAGGUAGCAAUCCAUGCCACACUGGAGUCUGCCACCGCCCUGGCUGUCUCCCAUAACGGAGUCCUGUACAUUGCUGAGACCGACGAGAAGAAGAUCAACCGCAUCAGGCAGGUCACCACCAAUGGAGAGAUUUCCCUCGUGGCCGGUGCCCCAAGCAGCUGUGACUGCAAGAACGAUGCUAACUGUGACUGCUUCUCGGGGGACGAUGGCUAUGCCAAGGAUGCCAAACUCAACGCGCCAUCCUCCCUGGCGGUGUGUGCAGAUGGGGAGCUGUAUGUCGCUGAUCUUGGAAAUAUCAGAAUCCGCUUUAUUCGGAAAAACAAGCCAUUCCUCAACACACAAAAUCUAUAUGAGUUAUCCUCACCCAUAGACCAGGAACUCUACUUGUUUGACACCAGUGGGAAGCACCUUUAUACCCAGAGCCUUACCACUGGAGAUUAUCUUUACAAUUUUACUUAUUCUGGAGAUGGAGAUAUAACCCUGAUCACUGACAAUAAUGGAAAUUUAGUCAAUAUCCGAAGAGAUUCCACAGGGAUGCCCCUCUGGCUGGUGGUGCCCGAUGGCCAAGUCUACUGGGUGACAAUUGGUACCAACAGUGCACUCAAGAGUGUAACAACACAGGGGCAUGAAGUGGCCAUGAUGACUUACCACGGCAACUCUGGUCUCCUUGCCACUAAAAGCAAUGAAAAUGGUUGGACUACAUUUUAUGAGUACGACAGCUUUGGCCGCCUGACCAACGUGACCUUCCCUACUGGCCAAGUGAGCAGCUUCCGCAGCGAUACAGACAGCUCCGUGCACGUCCAGGUGGAAACCUCCAGCAAGGAUGAUGUCACGAUAACAACCAAUUUGUCAGCAUCAGGAGCCUUCUACACCCUGCUCCAAGACCAAGUCCGAAACAGCUACUACAUCGGUGCUGACGGCUCUCUCAGACUGAUGCUUGCCAACGGCAUGGAGGUGGCCCUGCAAACCGAGCCACAUCUGCUGGCUGGCACCGUCAACCCCACAGUGGGCAAGAGGAAUGUCACCCUCCCCAUCGACAAUGGACUCAAUCUUGUGGAGUGGAGGCAGAGGAAGGAGCAAGCAAGAGGGCAGGUCACGGUCUUUGGACGUCGACUGAGGGUUCACAACAGAAACCUGCUGUCCCUCGACUUUGAUCGUGUGACAAGGACAGAGAAAAUCUAUGAUGACCAUCGCAAGUUUACACUCCGCAUCCUCUACGACCAGGCAGGGAGGCCCAGUCUCUGGUCACCAAGCAGCAGACUGAAUGGGGUCAAUGUCACCUAUUCCCCAGGAGGACACAUUGCGGGGAUUCAGAGGGGCACAAUGUCAGAAAGGAUGGAGUAUGACCAGUCUGGCAGAAUUACAUCCAGGAUCUUUGCUGAUGGCAAAUCAUGGAGCUACACUUACUUGGAGAAGUCCAUGGUGCUGCUCCUUCACAGCCAGAGACAGUACAUCUUUGAGUUUGACAAGAAUGACCGGUUGUCAUCGGUGACCAUGCCCAAUGUUGCGCGUCAGACUUUAGAAACCAUUCGUUCCAUUGGCUACUACAGGAACAUUUACCGACCACCAGAAGGCAACGCCUCGGUUAUUCAGGAUUUCACAGAGGAUGAGCAGCUCCUCCACACUUUGUACUUGGGCACAGGGAGACGUGUCAUCUACAAGUACGGAAAAUUGUCCAAGUUAGCUGAGAUGCUCUAUGACACCACAAAGAUCAGUUUCACUUACGAUGAAACUGCUGGCAUGCUGAAGACCAUCAACUUGCAGAAUGAAGGGUUCACCUGUACGAUCAGGUACAGACAAAUAGGGCCCCUCAUUGAUCGACAGAUUUUCCGCUUCACUGAGGAAGGCAUGGUGAAUGCACGCUUUGACUACAAUUAUGACAACAGCUUUCGGGUGACCAGCAUGCAAGCAGUCAUCAACGAGACACCUUUACCUAUUGAUCUCUACAGGUAUGAUGACGUGUCAGGCAAAACUGAGCAAUUUGGUAAAUUUGGAGUAAUUUACUACGAUAUCAACCAGAUUAUCACCACUGCUGUCAUGACUCAUACUAAACAUUUUGAUGCCUAUGGCAGAAUGAAGGAGGUCCAGUAUGAGAUAUUCCGGUCUCUCAUGUACUGGAUGACUGUGCAGUACGACAACAUGGGAAGAGUGGUUAAGAAAGAGCUGAAGGUUGGCCCUUAUGCAAACACAACUAGGUACUCAUAUGAAUAUGAUGCUGAUGGCCAGUUGCAGACAGUGUCUAUCAAUGACAAACCACUCUGGCGUUACAGCUAUGACCUAAAUGGAAACCUCCAUUUGUUGAGUCCAGGGAAUAGUGCCCGCCUUACACCGCUCAGGUAUGACCUCAGGGAUAGGAUUACUAGACUGGGGGAUGUGCAGUACAAAAUGGAUGAAGAUGGCUUCCUGAAGCAAAGGGGCAAUGAUGUUUUUGAGUACAAUUCAGCUGGCCUGCUCAUCAAAGCCUACAAUAAAGUUAGUGGGUGGAGUGUGAAGUACCGCUAUGAUGGCCUAGGGAGGAGAGUCUCCAGCAAAACCAGCCAUGGUCAUCACUUGCAGUUCUUCUACGCAGAUCUGACCAACCCAACCAAGGUCACCCAUCUAUACAACCACUCAAGUUCUGAGAUCACCUCCCUUUACUAUGACCUCCAAGGCCACCUCUUUGCAAUGGAGCUCAGCAGCGGUGAUGAAUUCUACAUAGCCUGCGAUAACAUUGGCACUCCUUUGGCUGUUUUCAGCGGGACUGGCUUAAUGAUCAAGCAGAUACUGUACACAGCAUAUGGGGAGAUCUAUAUGGACACCAAUCCCAACUUCCAGAUCAUCAUUGGCUACCACGGAGGACUGUAUGACCCCCUCACAAAGCUUAUCCACAUGGGACGGAGAGACUAUGAUGUGCUAGCGGGUCGGUGGACAAGUCCAGACCAUGAUAUGUGGAAGCAUCUGAGUAGCAAUAAUAUAAUGCCUUUCAACCUGUAUAUGUUCAAAAACAACAACCCCAUUAGCAACUCUCAGGAUAUCAAAUGUUACAUGACAGAUGUCAACAGUUGGCUGCUCACCUUCGGGUUCCAGCUACACAACGUCAUCCCCGGCUACCCCAAGCCAGACGUGGAUGCAAUGGAGCCGUCCUAUGAGCUAAUCCACACACAGAUGAAAACCCAAGAAUGGGACAAUAGCAAGUCAAUUUUGGGGGUCCAGUGUGAAGUGCAGAAGCAGCUGAAGGCCUUUGUCACUCUCGAGCGCUUCGAACGGAUCUACAGCUCCAGCAUCGCUGGGUGCCAGCAUAUCAAGAAGAACAAGAACUUUGCUUCUGGAGGCUCCAUCUUCGGCAAGGGCGUCAAGUUCGCCAUGAAGGAUGGGCGAGUGGCCACCGACAUUAUCAGCGUGGCCAACGAGGACGGGCGGAGGAUCGCGGCCAUCCUGAACAACGCCCAUUACCUGGAGAACUUGCACUUCACCAUCGACGGGGUGGACACACACUAUUUCAUUAAGCAGGGGCCAUCGGAGGGUGACCUGUCCAUCCUGGGCCUCAGCGGCGGGCGGAGAACCCUGGAGAACGGCGUGAAUGUGACAGUGUCCCAGAUCAACACAGUGCUGAGUGGGAGGACUAGACGUUACACAGACAUCCAGCUCCAGUACGGUGCACUGUGUCUAAACACUCGCUACGGGACCACCUUGGACGAGGAGAAGGCACGUGUCCUGGAGCUGGCCCGACAGCGCGCUGUCACCCAAGCUUGGUCCCGGGAACAGCAGAGACUGCGGGAUGGGGAGGAGGGUAUUCGAUCAUGGACAGAAGGGGAGAGGCAACAAGUGCUAAACACGGGCCGGGUACAGGGCUACGAUGGCUAUUUUGUGAUCUCAGUGGAGCAGUACCCCGAACUCUCAGACAGCGCCAACAACAUCCACUUCAUGAGACAGAGUGAAAUGGGCAGAAGGUGACAGAGAGGGUCAAUGCGGUGACUUCUUGCCAAAGACAGCUACUCUUUUGUGGCCACUUACCUGACUGUGUUGUACUCAAUACUUUUUCUAAACUGAACAAGGGGGGGGGAGGAAAAUAGAAAGAAAAGGAAUAAUACAGUUGCACUGUAACUCAUGCAACAUACUUUUUUCCCUCUUUAAUUUGGCCUUCACGUGUUUUUUGCAAUGACCAGAAGGUAUAUUUUGCCGUAGUGUGAUCACAGUGAAAUUUACUGUCUCUUGUCCUUUUUUGGUUUUGUUUUGUUUUCGUUUUUCCCCCUCUUUUGUGAGGAAUUUGAAGUGGGGAGUCGUCAGCGUACGUACGUCCUUAGGUGUAAGUGCGAAAUGGGUGUCUAUGCUAACUCGUGUCAUCCUAACCCUUUCUGGUUUGGGCAGGGACAGAGAGCCUUCCACCCAAAACAUGGGGAGUCCACGGCAUGCCAGAGAGCUCUUCCUGGAAAGAAAGGAGAUGGAAGACAACACUGAUUCUGACACUCUGAAAGUGACCGUCCGAAUCAUGUGCCUCAAAAGAGACCUUACCAGUAGUUUUCAUGUUUCAGUUGGGACAUAAAGUGUUUCCUUGGGGGCUCCUGCUGAGCAGAAGUAGAUUAUAGAGGCAAAGGAGCUGAUUAUAUUACUUUGCAAGAUGAUUCUCUUCCUUCCUGAACUGGAAUAAAAAAAAGAAAAAAAACAGUCUUUUUUCAUUAUGAGAGUAGAUACUUUUGGGGGGUUUUUGUGUGUGCACAAAUCCUGGUUUUAGUUAAAUAACCUAGCAAAAGCCAAGAAAAGGGACUCCUGCUCUAUUGAGAAAAGCUAAAAUAAAUCCUCUCUCUCAUACGUAGAGCUGUUCUAUAGGUGGAUUUAAUGCACCCAUGUUGUACAUUUGCUAAUGGCAUAACUUCAUUAAAUGUAUAGUGUUUCAGUACAUGAGGCUACGUGUUUAACAGUCCACUGUGCUGUAUCUGAUAAAACCAGUUAAUUUUUAAGAAGCUGAUUUGAAUUUAAAAGUAGUUAUAGUAUCCCAGUGACAUACCACUGAAAAUUAGAGCCAAACCCUGCUUUUCCUGAUUCUGGAGCUUGUAUUUAUUGGCUGGGAAAUGCAGUUUUGAGUAGCAUGCUGGCAAGUCGUUUAUGACUAUGGCAGAUAAAUGUCUCCCGGGGACUUUGGCAGCAGGGAUUUUAAAAUGCUUAAUAAGUAGCAACAGCUUGUGCGUGGUGGGACAAGAAGGAGAAUAUUGGAAUCAGCUCUCUCACUGUUUCUUACACGAGCUCGAAUUAAAUGGAGAGCACAGUUGACUGUUAGCAGUGACGAAGGGGGAGAUUGAGUGGAAAUGCCCACUGCAGAGGGGACCAAGUGCUUUAAUGAGAAACUGCUGACAAAGUCACUCGGCAUGCUAAUGUAAUUUGUAUUCACAUAACCUCUGUGCUCUGGUAUUUGCAAGAGUCCUUGAAAUUCAAGGGAGCAAGGAGAUGAGCUCAGCAUCCUCUUCCCUGCCUGAAACAGUCCUGUGAUAGCAAGGGCUGUUCCUGCAGGCAGAGAUGUUACCCCACCUCUCAAUGGAGCUCUGGCUGGAGGUGGCCAGUCCUGGUCCCAAACAGAUGUCUUAUCACACUGACACCAGCACGUAUCCCGAUUCUAAGAGCUCUCACUGUGUUUCUUUGGGAACAGCUCAGUCCUGGCUUUUUAUUCCAUCCACUUUGGUUUUUGCUUCCCAGUUCUUCAGAGAGAUAACCCAAGAUGUGCAAAUCCAUGCCAAGGCUGUUUCCUGACUUGGAGCCCUACAAUGCACCUGUGUCCUCGGAGCCAGCUCUUCUGCACUCAUGCCACCAGCACUGCCAUCCUCCAGCACAGACUGAUACUCGUUUGCAGGGUCUCACCCCCCAGACAAAGCGGGGGUGUUAUGUUGGGCACGCAGUCCUCGAGCAGCGAAACAUUGGCAGCCCCAGUGCUAUCACGGUUUCCCCGUAGAUGCCAGCUGCCAGCUCCGUCUGCCUUGCCUGUCUGUUCCAGGGUGCUUGCCAGAAGGAAGGUGAUGGGAUGGAAAUUCCCCUAACAGACUGUUCCUCCUCCAGUUCCCAAUCCCUAAUGCCUUUGGCUGUGUGGCCAUAACCACCGGUAUGGUUUUGAUUUUAUGGUGGUCUCUCCUGCUUGCAGUGAGGGUGAUGAUGCUGGUGUUGUGUCCCAGUGCUGUACUCUGAACCACCCCUUGCAGCACACAACCUUUAUUACUUUGGCAGGAGUCAACCACGGGCAGCUGGAAAGGGUAUCCAGUUCUGGCAGAGUCAGCUCGGAGAAGAUGCAUUGGCCAGACCAGCUCUAGGCUUUGGCACGGGAGCAGUUACUUUAGGCUGCCGCCUGCCAGGAAUGGUUAAAAGGCCAUGGCAUUACCACCUGUAUUGCCAGCAUCAAGCUCUUGGGAAGCCUCGAUUGCCCCAAGGAUGCACUGGUGGGGAUUAGGGGAAAUGUUAGACAAACCAGCAGUAGCCACCUACUCAAAGGAGGCAGCACCCUCUUCACAAUGCUACCCAGCUCCCUGCUUCCCCAUCCCCAAGUCACAUCAGGGACAAAUCCCUCUUAGAACCUCAAACUUGUGAUGACUGUGAAUAUCUAAAACAGCAUGAAUGGAGGAAAAAACGUCUGCAGGAAGCUGGGUCGAAAGGUAUAAAUCCCUGGUGAAUACCUGCAGUGCAGAGAGGACUCAAUGUGCCUCCCAUUUACACUGCCCCACUCCGAGCGGCUCCGAAGAGAACUGGUGCUUCUGUAUCCAUCCCCAUCCAUAUGUUACAAUGCUAAGAGGAGUAGUGCAAGAGUAAAUGGGCCAUGUUUCCAUGGAGCCAAGAAAAGGGAUUCAAGUGUGAAACAUUCCUACUGGAACCCUGCCAGCCUGAGAUGGCACCUCUACAGCCUUACAGAGACUCUUCAGGUUAUUACAUGAGCUAAUGACUUUGAGGAGUUCACCCAUGUUUCAAGAGUCUUACAGUCCUGCCGUGCACACUCAGCAUGCCUGGACCCAGGAGCCAUCCUGCUCUGCACCAUGGCAAAGGCAAACCCCUCGAGUUGCAUUUCUCAGCAUCCUCAAGCAGCGGUGGGAUGCAACUGCGCCUGUCUGCCUGCCAGGUCCACGAGGAUCUCCUGGGCCUGCACAUGGCGUGGGAACUAUGAACAUUAGGUCAAAAAGGGGAAAAAAGUAUAUAUGUAAAAGUAUAUAUAUGUAUAUGUUGCUCCUCUCUAUCAAAACAAAAAACUUAAAAGGGAUGGCUGUCUAGUGUUCGGGACAAACCUGACCAAAGACACCUACUACAUUCCUAAAUCCUCAGCCUCUGUGAAAGUUUUCAACUUCACCUAGAUGGCAAAACAAGAACAUUUUCAGUCCUGAAGCCCUAAAUUUACCCCUCCAUUACUGAAAAAUGCUUUUUCUACAGUAUCUCAAGUGCAUUCCCAUGGAAUGGGUUGAGAACACAAAGAGUUGUGCCCUCAUCAAGGGACUGCACUCCACUAUCCACAAGCAUUUUCAUUCAACUGAUGGCACCAUAGCCACUUCCCAGCCCUUGUGUUGCCCCUUCUGCCUCCGCUAUGGGCCAUGCUGUGUGUGCCUGACCCUUCUUGCUUUGCUUAUAGGAAGGGGCGCAGCAAUUCAUUGCUUUGGUAGGACUGGGAGGUCCUGGGUGCAAAUCCCACAGCACUAACCCCCAUCUCAUAGAAUCAUAGAAUGGUUUGGGAUGGAAGGUACCUUAAAGAUCAUCUCAUUCCAAUCCUCCUGCCAUGAUCAGGAAUACCUUCCAUGAGAUCGGGGUUGGUCAGAGGUCCAUCGAACCUGGUCUUGAACACUUCCACGGAUGGGGCAGCCACAACUUCUCUGGGCAACCUGUCCAGUACCUCACCACCCUCACAGUAAAGAAUUUCUUCCUAAUAUCUAACAUAAAUCUGCUUUCUGUCAAUUUGAAGCCAUUCUUCUUUGUUCUGUCUCUCCAUGCCCCUGUCCAAAGUCUCUCUCCAGCUCUCUUAGAGCCCCUUUAGGCACUGCAAGGGUCUCUAAGGUCUCCCCAGAGCAUUUUCCAGGUUGAACACCCCAACUCUCUCAGCCUGUCUCUAUAGCAGAGGUGCUGCAGCCUUCUGAGCAUCUUUGUGACCUCAUCUGGACUCUCUCCAAUAGGUUCAUGUCUUUCUUGUGUCAGAGACCCCAGAGCUGGACACAGCACUUAAGGUGAGGUCUCACAAGAGCAGAGGGGCAGAAUCCACUCCUUUGACCUGCUGCUCAUGCUGCUGGUGGUGCAGCCCAGGACAUAAUUGGCUGUCUGGGCUAUCAGUGCACAUUGCUGGAUCAUGUUGAGCUUCUCACCCACCAACACCCCCAAGGCUACACUUGAUCCAUUCUCCGCCCAGUCUGUAUCCGUGCUUGGGAUUGGCCCGACCCAGAUACAGGAACUUGCUGUUGACCUUCUUGAACUUCAUGAGGUCUGCACAGGCCAACCACACAGGCUUGUCAAGGUCCCUCUGGAUGGCAUCCCUUCCCUCCAGCAUGUCCACCAUUGCUCUAGAUACUCUUUCAAAGGCCAGUUGCAUGCCAGACCAUCUCCAAGGGAUAAGGUCACUGCGGUCUCACAUGCUUUGAGGCUUGAUUUUGAGAAGUCGUUUUUAUCUUGACUCCCCAAACGAGGAGUGAUUCCUCACCAAAAGGAAUUUCCUUUCAAAAUGCAAAAAUACAAAGGUGUAGCUUAAAUUACUUUGGACUCUGGACUUGUCUCUAGUCCAAAGGGUGGUGAGACGGAUUGUGACCAAAUCUCACAGCUCAGAGGAGAAAGUCCAGUGGUCUGGAGCAGGGGCUGCAUCUCCCAGUGAGAAUGGCAAGGACUAACAGCUCAAGCCUUCAGUAGCUGGUGCUGGUACCAAAACAUGCUCCAUUUGAAGGGACAACAGUGAUGGGGCCUACUUGAUGUGGCAUCCAGGCAGGAGCAGUGCCAUGAGGACUCCUUCAGCUGCUUCAGGAGCAGCUGAAAAACAUCCUGUGUGCUCAGCCCAAGGGGAGAGAAGCAAGACUAAUUUGGCAUCACGAGAAAUGCCACAAUGUUUAUUUCCACUGAGAUCUUUAUUUUAUUUUAUUUUUUUCCCCUUUCAACUGAAGAUUGGCGCUUGGAAAAAUCAUUAAGCAGCGGUGACCAGAGGGAAUCAUGCAGCUCAUCAUAUCUUUGUCAUCACAGCUAUUGAUCAGAGCCACAAUGAAAAUGUGCCAACAAUUCUAAACAGCACCAGGUGAGAGCCGAUGAAACCAAAGGUCGUUAAGAGCCCCAAUGCUUGAUUCGGGUUUAGAAGGCACAGAUGACUGGGAGCAGUCCCUGAGACACCAUUUGGCUGUAGCUUAGAAACAGUGAGGGAUUUCUGUAAUAUAUCUGUGAUUGCUUUGUUGAGCGUAGGGAUCGGCAUGAGAUUCUGCUCAGUCUAUUAUACAGACAGUGUAACCAGAAUAAAUCAAAAUUGUUUAAAAAAAAAUCUAAUAAAGUACUUUUUCAGCUGUGACUUGUAAGUGUCACCGUGAUGGAUGGCACCACAAUCCAUUAUGCAAAGACAAGGCUCUUAACAUGAAAUUUUAGAAUUCAAUUUUACGAUUUACAGAGAGGGCCCCCCUCAUAUUUACGGCACAGCAGUCUGUUUUGAUUCAAUCUCUGCGUAAUUGAAACCAGGGCCAGGGAUCAAGGUUAGUCCUCCGGCCGCUUUUUAAAAGGGGAGGAGAAAUAACCACCUAUAACAUUAAUAAUGGAGCUAAAGAGAUUGCUUUGCUUGUUAAAUCUCACUCACUUUGUCUCCUUGCGCUGGUGGCACUGACAAAUGUGGGGAAUACGGACACAGUGCCUCCAUGCCAGGGAUGUGUUUGAUGGGAUAAAAUCUGGCUGCCAUGUGGGCAGCAGCAUCCUCCAUCCCAUAGUGAGCCUGGCUUGGGGGCAUUUUUGCUCCUGUUGUUACAGUCCUCCAGAGGAUAGAAGUUUUUCAGCACCUCUUUUUAUUAUAAUCACUCAUUUUAUUAUGAUCACUAAAUAGUCCCCUGUUACACCAAAGAAUUUUCAUGAGUUUUGUGUAAAAAAAAAAAAACCACAGCUUGCUUGUGUUUGCUUUUUGUUGUUGUUUUUCAUCUCUAGGGUAUAUUUAAAUAAAAUUACUUGCGACUGUAGAGGAAACUUCAAACAGACACCAUGGGAACACACAGGGCCCUGUCCAGCACCCCCCAUCUCACUCCUGGAUGAAGGGCCAUUGCAUGUCCCGAGGGGCCAUUUCCUGUGGCAGUUUUCCAUCCUCUGCCACUCCCACCAAAAACAAUCUGGCCCACCCAAGGGAAACCUUUUGUGUUUCUUUUCUGCUCUCCUUUAAUUACCAUAAAACUUUGUGUUCCUGACCAAGUAUUACAUGGUUCAGCUGUUAACUCUGAUCCCAAAGGUCAGUGCUUUCUGGGGAGCAUAGAAAACCACAAAUGAAAAUCAACUAAAAAUAUAUAUACAUAUAUAUAUUAUUUUUUUCUCCUUAGAGCUGGAAACUGUUCAAGCAAACAAUAAAACUUUCCAAAAAGAAAAUUAAAAUGUUUGGACAGUUCACAGAUGCUAUUAAAAUAACCAAUCAAAAAAUCACACUUUUCUAUUAAAGAAAAAUGUUUAUUUUGUGAGAGGACUUCUAAUGCAGCUCCAGCCAAGAAGAGGACUUUGUAUCAAAGCUGCAUCUGUAAGCCCAGCACUGAAGACUCUUGUCAUUACCCUGUGUAAUAAUUUUCCUGAAGUCUGGAACUAAUUUUUUGAGAAAUUUUUUUUCUCAACACUUUGUGUUUCUAAUACUGUAUUCUUGACUGUGUAAAUACAACCAGGCUGUAAAUAAGUGCAGAUGUAGAUACCUUCUAGAAAAAAAAAAAAAGCAGACAGAAGUGACCAUGUGUAGCCUUCGGUGACAAAUAAAACAAUAUUUUGUGUUUAA